AUGACAAUGUUCAAUAAUAAUCAAGAGGGUCCAAACAACACAAAUCCUUCUGGUUUUACUAAGCUGAGGUUAAGAUUGGAAAAGGGGAAUGGUCCUACGUUGAUUAACAGAAGGUCCUCUUCAAAUCUAGAUGAAAGCACCAGCAGACCAAGCUUCUUCACAAAACCAUCAAUAAUGAGCUUGCAUAGAAGGCAAAAGUCUGUUGAUGAGGUCAUAUAUGAUACACAGCACCUCCAAUUGUCAAAGUCAAGAUCAAGAUCAACAAGCCCCAAAAAAUUCUCAACUUUUGCUUUCAAUGACAAGAGUAACAACAUCAAUGAUACUCCAGAAAUGCAAAGUGUAUCAAAUUUCAGUUCUCCAACAAAAUCCAUAUUAUCAUCCGACUGUUCAAAUUCUGAAUCACCCAUUUUGGACCCAGAAUGCCCCCAAGUUUCAAUUCCAAGGAUCAAUAUAACAGAACCUGUUGAUUCAAUUCAAAAGCCAGGAUAUAGAACUAUUGGACCUAAAGAAUCAACUUCAAAAUUUGGAAGGUUCAAAAAGAAGACCAUCUCAAUGUUUUUUGACCAAGGAAAUUCCUUAUCAUUGACCCCAUUAACCCCAUUAACCCCCAUCCAACCUGCAUCUGAAGGACAAAACUCAUUAGAACGUCCCAAGCUGUCCAAAUCGCAUUCUGAAAAUGGUGGUGACAAAAGCAAUACUAAUUCAAGUGUCGAUCCAAAUGAUUUAUUAUCUGGUCCAAAUGCAAUCAAAAUUCAACAAGACUUGACGAGGAAAAGGUCUAAAACAAUGGGUUCCGUCGAGAAUGAUCUAUAUCAUAAAAGAAACGGAUCUAUUGUGAAAACUAUUGGAAGUAUGAUGAUGCUGAAACCUAAAAGCUCAAACUUAGAAUCCGGGAGUGCAUCAGUGAGUCAGGUAUCAUUAGAUUCUGAACCCCAAACCACGUCAAGACCUCAGACACCACCUAAAGUCUGUGAUGAUGAUACUCCAGAACAAUAUGUGAAUAAGCUAGUGAAUGAGGGUUUCAAUUUUGAGAUAACCUCUAUUUUAUCAUUAUCAGAUUCAGAUUUUUUGAAAGAUUGUCUUACCCAUUACAUUUGUGGAAAGUUUGACUUCCAUGACGUUCCGUUAGAUAUUGCACUAAGACAGCUUUUAAUGUAUUGUGAGCUACCAAAAGAAGCUCAACAGAUUGAUAGAGUGUUGAAUAGUUUCAGUCUCAGAUACUAUCAGUGCAACCUUGAACUUUGGGAUAAUUCUGACCAGAUUUAUUUUCUAGCAUUUUCAUUUGUUAUGCUACACACUGACUAUUAUAAUAUUAACAAUAAGAAAAAAAUGACCAAAGAAGAAUUUGUUAAAAAUACCAAAAUUGAUAGUGAUGAAACGAUAUCAAACUCAUUUUUAACCAAAGAAAUUUUAGAGUAUUUUUAUGAUAACAUUAUUUAUACAAAAUUUGUUAAAAACCACCAACUUUAUCAUUCACCUUCACCUCAACCACUAUAUUCAUUACCAAAAAGAAUCUUUUCAUCCACAUCAUCUACAAAUUUGGAAGGCAUGAACCAUCACCCCUCAACCCCAAAUCUAAGAUCACAAUCAUUCUCUUCAACUACUUCACAAAUUUUUAGUUCAGCUCCAGUUAUAGAUCCUUACCAAAUUAUCUUGAAUGAUCAAUUGGAUUCAUUGAAAUUAGAUUUGAGCUCAAUACAUUUUGAGAAUCCAUUUUCUGAUAGUUUUAGAUCUUUUUUCAAGGAAAUUUUAUUAGCUGAAGUUCGGGAGAGAAUGCUGUUGAACAAAGGACUUUUCAUUCGCUAUAAUAAGGAUUGUAACUGGCUUUCAUCCAAAAUUGAGAUCCAAUUUAAAAACGCUGAUGAAAUUGAGUACGGGAAAAGAGUACUCUUAAAGGUUAUCAAAGUUGCUGAAAUUUUUAGAGAGGAAACCAUUGUUAAUUCCAAGUUUUUCACAAUAGGCUCAACAAGUCGUGUCAUAUGGAAGAAAUACUAUGGGUUUUUAACAACAUGUGGGUUCUUUCUUUUUGAUACGUUGAAUUUUUUGUCGGUGGCUGAUAGAGAAAGAAUUUAUAAGAAUGAUUUUGGUGAUGAACCUUUUGUUGUUGAUAUAUUGCUGGACUUUAUACUCAAAUCGUGUUUAAAAUAUUCUCUUAAUGGGCUAUUUGCUUGUCAUUCUCCCAAGGAACAAGAACAUGAUACUUCAUUCCAUAUUUUCAGCACAAAUAAAAAGGAGGCCUUUUGCACAAGCACAGAAGAAGAACUCUCAUCUUGGAUAAGCUCAAUCAAUUAUAUUGCUGCCUUGGACUCGUGCUUCAUUGAUACUGUUCCUGAGAAUAACCAUGAAGUUGCACCCCUAAGAAGUAUUUCAAUGGAGGAAAAGAUUACAAAGUUGGAAAAGAACAAAGCGGCAUCAAUUAUCAAGAUUAACUACUUUUUGAAAAUUAUACAACAUAUCCAAACAUUGACUCCAUUUUCUCAUAGAACAAGAGACAGCUUGAUUGCUCACUACAAAUCAAUAGGUAUAAAGAUAGAUUGGUUAUGGUAUGAAAUUGAGAGAAAUAUUGUUUAUACAAACAUUUUACGCCAUGAACUGGUUAUUACAAAUGAUAGAUUUUCAACAAAAACAAAUGACGAAGAAUCUUUCUUGGAAGGGUCUUUUAUUAAUGAUGAUUUUUAUCAAAAUUCUAAAAAAGAAGAAGUUAAUUUCAAGAGAACAGCACUGAGGCUGAUUAGUACUUCAAAUGAACUGGAUGAGGUUGAUGGUGAAGAAGGAGACUUUGUUGAUGCAUCUGAUUGA